AUUUAUUCCAAUGGCAAAACUCAAUGGUCCGACUACCAAGUGGUAUCGAGCUUGAGUAUGAUGCCGGCGUCUCUGCCAUCAACAUGAACUUUAUGUUUCACUUGACAAGGUAUGCCAACGUAAUCGUCAAAAUCUCCUCGGCCACUCCGAUGUUAGAUGAUGAAACGGCACUGGGCUCCGAUAUCAUAAUGAGCAAGACACGCCAUUUUGCGGCAGGCCUAGAAAACCUCGCCCACUGAUUCUACCUCGUCGAUGUCUAAAGCUGAACCAAAUGAGGCUGGAUAUUGGGGCUAAUCUCUUGACAUCAGUGUCCAGUGAUGCGCUGUAGGUAACAUGAAGACACGUGUUUGAUCUAUUUCAAGUGAUAAUGUUAGUUUGCCCACAUUCUUCUUGCGCUCCAGCCUUCUCGUGAUGAGCUCGAAUAAACAAUGACAAGCAUAUGUCUGAGCUUCUGGCGACGAAGACAAAAUGUUCGGAACUGAUCUGAAGUCAUUCGCGCCACAUUAUGGAUUUGCAAUAUCUGAGCUAUCGGCUAACGGCUCAAAAGAUGCGCAGCACAAUCCAUGCUACUCAUCUUGUGGCAUAUGAUGCUAAUGUACCAGAUGUCUCAUCGUCGACCUGAUGCACACCAGACACCAAGCGGUGUUUAGUAAUGCUAGUCUGCCAAGUGGUGGCUAAUCUUUCCAGUCUACAGUUUGUACAUUGUGUAAUCCAGUCGUGCGAUGCUACUCUUCGUAUCACAAGCAAGUGCCGCCCUAGCGGUUCAACCAAAUACUAGUUCGAAAAAAAAGAAUAGAAAAAAGAAUACUAUAUCUACCAUUUAUACCA